CUUUCUUUUCUUUUGGACAAUUUAUAUCAUUUGACAAAUUAAAAUUAAUUCAUUACUCUGAAUUCGGAAUUCCCAACAAUGCGUCAUCUUGGAAGCCGGCCGGCAGAGCAAAUGAUCAUUUGUAGCAUUUGACAAAAGGGUUUUUGGCUUUUGGGUCUUUACUUUGUUUAUUACUGAGAAAUUUCACAUUAUGCAGUUACAGAGCUAGCCUUCCUGCAGCCAUGGUUAAAGCUUUCAGGUUGCUUUUCUUUCUUGCUUUCUUUUGUGCAGGAAUUCAUUUCACUUUUUCCUUAACAGACCCUCGUGAUGCUGCAACUCUCCAGUCCGUCAAAAAUACCUUGCAAAAUACUCCGCCGAGCUGGGGCAAUGGAGAUCCUUGUGGAACACCAUGGGAAGGAGUUACAUGCAAGAAUUCAAGGGUCACUCGUUAGGGUUAUCAAGUAUAAGCAUCAAAGGAAACCCAAGUGGUGACAUUGGAGAACUUACUGAAUUGAUAUCCUUGGACUUGUCAUUCAACACAUUUACAGGAUCUCUAACUCCGCGGUUAGGAGAUCUAAACAAUUUGACUACACUAAUUCUCGCUGGUUGUGGCUUCACUGGUAGUAUUUCAGAUGAAUUAGGAAAUCUUGCUGAGCUAUCCUUCUUGUAAGAGUUUGUCAUAGUAAUGAGAAUCAUGAUCAUGUGAAUAUUUCAUUUUCUGGGUAUUAUCUUUCUUCAUAGGGCCCUCAACAACAGCAAUUUGACUGGUAAAAUUCCUUCCUCUUUGGGAAAACUCUCCAAUCUCUACUGGCUAGACCUGGCAGAUAAUCAUUUGACAGGACCUAUCCCAGUUUCAACACCAACCACUCCAGGC